AAUCUUGCGAUUAAUUAGGCAAGGUCUUACUCUCCAAGAGAUGCGCUGUUGAUUUACCGGCAACCGACCGCCACCAACCACCACUGGUGCGCUAACCGCCAAACUAGGUCGCUCAUUCCAAGGCCAAAACCGCCACACAUUUCUUGGCAGACACAGUACAGGCCUACGGAACCACGAAUCUGUCCGAACGAAUACGGCAGACGCCAGGCUAUAAAAUGACUCAUGACAUCGCUGCAUCGUCGCCACAAGCUUGCAGGCGCCUUUAGUGCGCCGCCACACAUACUUGCACGUGCACACGUGCCAUACGUGCCCAUCCCUGAGGUGCCAAGCGCUAGCUUUGUUACCGCCAUGGGCAUGAGCCCAGCACCCACGCCGCCGGCGCCCUCUCGGCGCGGCGGACGCAGCAGCCGGCUGCACGCGGCGCCGCCGGCGCUGCAGCUAUUGCUGGUUGCCCUCGCCGCCGCGGCAUCCCUGCCCUCCGCCUCAGGCUCGGCUGCGGGUGCGGCUGCGGCGGACGCCGCACGGUCGAGCAGCCACCUCAGUAGCGCUGCCUCGGUCUUCCCCACAUACUACCGCCGCGCCCUGCUGCAACCCACCUGCGCCUUCAGCUGUGCCAGUCUUCCCACCUGCAUUAGCGUCUCCUGCUCGUCAGUCAACGCCACCGACCGCGUCGUCACGCUGGACCUAACCGCCUGCAAGAGCGGCGCCACGAUCUCCUGGGUGUGCUGCCGCUCCACUGCCUGCACACCCGUCAGCUGCACCCAGGGCCCCCUUGUCGCCAACAACUUCCCCACCUGCGAGAACGUGACGUCCUACUCCUUCAGCGUCCCCCUCACCACGACGUCAAUCCCCAUCCAGCUCCACGACGGCAACCUGCUGGGCAACUUCACCUGCACCGGCAUCGGCAGCGGUCCUACGGGGUGCUGUGCUGGAGGCUUCCAAGGCGGGGGCCAAUGUAACGGGGUGUGCCUACAAAACAUUGACCUGACUUCUGUUCCCAGCUGCGCCUCAAAGCCGCCGUCGCCGCCAUCACCCAAGCCACCCUCGCCGCCGCCGCCGUCACCCAAGCCACCCUCGCCUGCACCCCCAUCGCCCAAGCCACCCUCACCUGCACCUCCGUCUCCAAACCCACCUUCCCCGGCACCACCUUCGCCCUCCCCGCCGUCACCUAAGCCGCCCGCACCCGCACCACCGUCGCCCGCACCCCCGUCACCUGCGCCCCCAUCGCCCAAGCCCCCAUCGCCCGCACCCCCCUCGCCUGCGCCCCCUGUUCCUCCCUCACCUGCCCCUCCUGCCCCCCCUUCGCCCGCACCACCCUCGCCCAAGCCCCCCAGCCCUGCUCCGCCGAGCCCUGCACCGCCCAGCCCUGCUCCGCCCAGCCCAGCGCCGCCCAGCCCUGCGCCGCCCAGCCCUGCGCCGCCCAGCCCUGCGCCGCCCUCGCCUGCCCCCCCUGUUCCUCCCUCUCCUGCCCCUCCUGCCCCCCCUUCGCCCGCCCCACCCUCGCCCGAGCCCCCCUCGCCGGCUCCGCCCAGCCCUGCACCGCCCAGCCCUGCUCCGCCCAGCCCAGCGCCGCCCAGCCCUGCUCCCCCCAGCCCUGCGCCGCCCAGCCCUGCGCCGCCGUCGCCUGCUCCUCCCAGCCCUGAGCCACCGUCGCCUGCUCCUCCCAGCCCAGAGCCUCCCAGCCCAGCCCCGCCGUCGCCUGCUCCUCCCAGCCCUGAGCCUCCCAGCCCGGCGCCUCCGUCGCCUGCUCCGCCCAGCCCUGCGCCGCCCAGCCCUGAGCCGCCGUCGCCUGCUCCCCCCAGCCCUGCGCCGCCUAGCCCUGAGCCGCCCUCGCCUGCUCCCCCCAGCCCUGAGCCUCCCAGCCCUGCACCUCCGUCGCCUGCUCCGCCCAGCCCUGCGCCGCCGUCGCCUGCUCCGCCCAGCCCUGCGCCGCCGUCGCCUGCUCCUCCCAGCCCCGAGCCUCCCAGCCCAGCCCCGCCGUCGCCUGCUCCUCCCAGCCCCGAGCCUCCCAGCCCUGCACCUCCGUCGCCUGCUCCGCCCAGCCCUGAGCCGCCGUCGCCUGCUCCGCCCAGCCCUGAGCCUCCCAGCCCUGCGCCGCCUAGCCCUGCGCCGCCCAGCCCUGAGCCUCCCAGCCCUGCACCUCCGUCGCCUGCUCCUCCCAGCCCUGAGCCACCCUCGCCUGCUCCUCCCAGCCCAGAGCCUCCCAGCCCAGCCCCGCCGUCGCCUGCUCCCCCCAGCCCUGAGCCUCCCAGCCCUGCACCUCCGUCGCCUGCUCCGCCCAGCCCUGAGCCGCCGUCGCCUGCUCCCCCCAGCCCAGCGCCGCCUAGCCCUGAGCCGCCCUCGCCUGCUCCUCCCAGCCCCGAGCCUCCCAGCCCUGCACCUCCGUCGCCUGCUCCGCCCAGCCCUGAGCCGCCGUCGCCUGCUCCCCCCAGCCCAGCGCCGCCUAGCCCUGAGCCGCCCUCGCCUGCUCCUCCCAGCCCCGAGCCUCCCAGCCCUGCACCUCCGUCGCCUGCUCCGCCCAGCCCUGCGCCGCCGUCGCCUGCUCCGCCCAGCCCCGAGCCUCCCAGCCCUGCACCUCCGUCGCCUGCUCCGCCCAGCCCUGCGCCGCUGUCGCCUGCUCCGCCCAGCCCCGAGCCUCCCAGCCCUGCACCGCCGUCGCCUGCUCCCCCCAGCCCAGCGCCGCCCAGCCCUGAGCCGCCGUCGCCUGCUCCCCCCAGCCCUGCUCCCCCUAGCCCUGCGCCACCUAGCCCUGCGCCGCCGUCGCCUGCUCCGCCCAGCCCUGCGCCACCAUCGCCCAGCCCUGCGCCGCCCAGCCCUGCGCCACCGUCACCUGCCCCACCUGUUCCACCCUCGCCUGCCCCUCCUGCCCCCCCUUCGCCAGCACCUCCCUCACCGGCCCCUCCAAGCCCUGCACCGCCGUCGCCCGCACCGCCGUCUCCAGCGCCGCCCAGCCCAGCCCCGCCAUCGCCUGCUCCGCCCAGCCCUACGCCACCCAGCCCUGCGCCACCCAGCCCUGCGCCGUCACCCACGCCUCCAUCCCCCUCUCCUCCUUCGCCUGUGCCGCCAUCGCCCAAGCCUCCAUCACCUGCCCCGUCUCCCGUACCUCCCUCCCCCAGCCCGCCGUCGCCUGGGCCGCCGGUUCCCGCUCCUCCCUCUCCCAAGCCUCCAUCACCCGCCCCGUCUCCCGCACCUCCCUCCCCUAGCCCGCCGUCGCCUGGACCGCCGGUUCCCUCUCCUCCCUCCCCCAAGCCGCCUUCUCCUGCCCCACCAUCGCCCAAGCCUCCAUCACCCGCCCCGUCUCCCGCACCUCCCUCCCCCAGCCCGCCGUCACCUAAACCGCCACUUCCCUCUCCUCCCUCUCCCAAGCCGCCUUCUCCCGCCCCGCCAUCGCCCAAGCCUCCAUCGCCCGCCCCGUCUCCCGCACCUCCCUUCCCCAGCCCACCGUCACCUAAGCCGCCACUUCCCUCUCCUCCCUCUCCCAAGCCGCCUUCUCCCGGCCCACCAGCGCCCAAGCCUCCAUCGCCUGCACCACCACUACCUACUCCCCCGGCCCCGUGCUCCGGUGAAACCGCCUGGGCGGAGCCGGGUAAGUACUAAUUGUGGGCGGAGCUGAGUGAGUGGUCAUUCUAAUCCAUUUGUCAACAUUCGCGCACCUGCACAUUGCUUGCGUGCCGUUCUGUGUAUGGCACUACGCUGUCGUGAUGGAAGUGCAUGGACACGUUACGGUGCCCUGCAUGGCUCAUUGCGGUGCGCCCUGCCUGGCUGAAGUAUGCUCACCCAAUCCACUGCCCCUGCCAUUUUUGUCGCAGUUACACUCGCUCCUGGGAACGCGAGCGGCGUGUUCCUGGGCACUCAGGUGCGCACCAUACUGACAUGCAGCGUCGGUUCGUUUGUGGGUGCUUGACCGCCCCGCGUGGCGGCGAUGCAGCGACUGCGUCCGUACAGGGCGCGCACCUGCAUCCUUGUAAUCCCUGCCUACC